UCUGUUAAAUGUGAAUUUACAGCCAGGAAACAGGGAGAAAUGGCUCCAAUCCACACACAGAUUGACACUUUAUUUCUCAUUAGUCCACACAGAAACCAAAGUGUAAAAACAACAAAUUAUGGUUUUAUAAAGGAUUAUGUGCUGGAGUAUUUGGAGUCUCCAGGAAGCAAAAAUCCAAGAGUUCCAGCUUCCUAACUGAAUACUUUGUUUUUUAAUCUUCUAUUAUCAUAAAUUGAGUAUUUUUGGGGGGAGUUGGCUUUAAAGACUCUUCUGACUGACAUUUUCCUAUUUUGCGGACGUUUGACAGGCCAUACAUUUAAUGUAUUUAUUAAGAAAACAAUCAUUUGAUCAAUAGAUGAUGAAACAGCUCUGAUCAGGAAUUUUCUCAGCAUCGCUGGAAAACACCAGCAAAUUAAAAUGGUAAACACAAUCUGAAAAUCCCUUGAGAAAACAUCAGAUGUGCUUAAUUUUUAUUCAAGAGACAGAAGCUGCUAAACAGAUAUGGUCCUUUAAAGCAACCUUUUAUCUAGAGUAUGAAUCUGCAAUUAUGAUUCAAAUCUCAGCUCAGUUCUGCUUUAUUGUCUGAACUGUGCGAACAUAUCGCAGACCGUAAAUAGCCCAUACCCAGAGAGCAUUAAAUUAGGGACUUCCUCAUGUUCAUCCUCUCAUGUUUGGACAGUAUGAUGGAUUAUUGAUGGCGGAUGCUGAAGCAGACUUCCUCGUCUCAGUCACUGCUGCAGCGCUGGAGGUGAACUCCCAGUAAUAACGGGCACAUAUCAUCUGUCCACUGUUGGUCCAGUAGUUUGCAGGCUGGUGGCAGCUCAGCCCCUCCCUCACUCCCUCCCCUCCCUCCAUACUGUGAGCUGCAGGCGGACGCCGGUCCUCACUGCAGUCCGCAGUAAGUCCACCGGCACCCGUCAGAGUGCAGCAGACUGCAGUCUCCAUCACACUCCUCCCUGCGCUCCCCUGGCAGGUGGAAAGGACACAUAACGGGGCCGGGACAAUGGCUUUCAUCUCAGUCUUGGCGAUUUUGGCCCUGGUGGUUUCAGCUGAAGGAAGCGUUGGGCCGAGUACCAACACCAGCUUUUGCACAGAGUCAAAGGAAUGUCUGGAGUAUGAGCUAGUCUGUAAAACAGAUGAAUAUGAGGUGAGACACUACAGCCCCACUCGCUGGGUGUCAACAGAUGCUGAAGCCUAUUUCAUGGGAGUGGGUGCAGCCAUGGCCUUCAGGAGACUUUUCCAGUACAUCACCGGAGCCAACGACGGAGGUAUCCAGAUGGAGAUGACCGCCCCUGUCCUGGUCAAGAUCCCAGAGGAGACCAAGAUGUGGGAGCCGGCUAUCUACACGCUAAACUUCCCGCUGCCGGCAGCCUAUCAGGACAAACCGCCUGCACCCACCAAUGACAAGCUGUAUUUCACUGAGAUGCCAGAGAUGGACGUGUAUGUGAGGAGUUAUGGAGGCUGGAUGCUGUCCGUCACCUCCAGGCUUCACGCCCACCUGCUGACUAAAGAGCUGGAGAGAGUUCAAGCUUCCUACAACCACAGCUACCACUACGGAGUUGGCUACGACAGCCCCUUGAAGCUGUUGAACAGGCACAAUGAGGUGUGGUACGUGGCUGAGGGGCAGCCAGUUUGCACUGACCCACAGGAGCCGACCCCUGCACACACAACCAGGCCGACUCUGACCGACUCACCCACAGACUCUCCCUCUGACCCUCUCCCGCACACGCUCUCUGAUUCCCCCUCACUCACCCCCUCCAACUUUUCCUCCAAUGCAACAUCCAACUCCUCCUCACAAAUGCAGUCUGACGCACCCGCUUUCCCCACAUCCGACACUCCUCCAAGUCCUUCAUCCCACCUGCCUGCCGAAGUCGCGUUCAGCCAUCCCCCUACCUCCGCCCAGAUCCUGCUGGACCCAACAACCAACUCGUCCGAUCCUGUCUCUGUGAGCCCGUCUCUGGAGCCCCAGUCUGACGUCGCCCUGUGGAACAGCACAGCCCACAGCUCUGUGGAUACGCAAGCUGACAGCAGCCCUGUGGUCGAGCCAGAUGACGCUCAUUAAACAGCCUUCACCUUUUCUUUAAGCAGCCAUUCCAGGUAUAUUAACAAGGAGUCUAAGUAGAAAAGACACGGUGGAGGUGUGGCAGAGAUGUUGAGUGAAUGUGAGUGAUAGAUGGACACGCUGGUCUCUUCCUGUGUAUUACACCAACUCCUCCUUAUGGCACUUAGUGUUUCACUAUAUGUUCUGUCACAGCUUUGCACCUGUAGCUUCCUAUAUCAGCGAACACAUGCCUGUACACUUUGUCGUUCUGAGGUUCUCAUACAGCUGCAUUUAGAAUUAAAUAAGAUGUAUACAUGUAUUAGUUAGAACAUUAGAAUUCAGAGUUACUGUGUGAAAUCUAAAGGCAGAGAGAGAGAGAGAGAGAGAGAUGCUGUCUAACAUCAGUUUAACCCAAAAACUAAUCUAGCAACUAAUAGGACUUCAGUGGAAACCUGUGUGUAACUGAUAAAUAAAAUGCUGGGACUAACCAUGGUAGGCCAUUAUAUCAGUGUUCUAGCCACUCUCGUAAAUGUUGUAUUAAUUAUUAUCAAUAAGCUUCUACUCUCUGUUUAGCUUCUUGUCAGUUACUUUGAUGAUCUGUGGCAACAUAUUGGUAAAUCUUCAUGAAUUCAGAGCGCAUUCAUUGGGAUCUUUGGUGCAGCUUUGAACCGAAGUAUAGAAUAUAUGGCUCUACAUAAUAAUAUAGCUUAUGAGCUUAGAUUCCCCAAAUUAUAGUUAUUAUUGUUUGUUUUGUUUUGUUUUUUUUACUUUGGAUCAAACCUUCGUCUUAGAAUUUGUGCUCUAAAGUGCCUGUUAAAACAUCGGCCAUAUCAAUUUUAAUGUGACUGAGAAAUUUGUGAUUUAGAUUUUUAGCUCUCAGAAUUUAAUUAAUAUAUUUAUUAUGAUAAUGUGGUCUUUAAUAAUGACACAAGGCAUCCAGCAUGCUGUGUACCACAAAUAGCUUGCUGUUAGAUUCUCCCUUAAAUGCCCAGCGAAAGAAAGAAAGAAAGAAAGAAAGAAAGAAAGAAAGAAAGAAAGAAAGGAAACAGCAAUAAAUAUUUUAGCAUUUUCAAAGUCCAAACAUUAGUGUAAAAAUCAGACAUUUACAUGAUGGAUUUUUCUUCCUGCUAACUCAGAUCAAAAAGUGUUCAGCUCUGGUCCUCUUGAGUACUGUGAUUAAUUUUCACUUUUUCCAUGAUAAAAAACACUGUGUAUCCUCAAGUCCAUGUCAUAAUAUGUUAAAGGGAGUUUUACCACCUUUAGCGAUGCUGUAGAGCAAUAUGAUGAGCAGGUUUUUGCAUUGUUUUUAUCUAAUGUUGUACCAGGCUGUGGACUACAGAGUAGAAGUUUAUCUUAAUACUUCAGGUUUCAAAAACCAUUAAAAAGUCUCUCCAGGUGUUUUAAACAGUAAGAAAUACAUUCCACAUGUUUCUCUGACUUCAAAGAUCUAAUGUAUUAAUGUGGAUAUAAUGUGUUUUGAUAGGUGAUGUUGAAUUUUAACAAACCUGUAAACUUCAUAGGGACCUGUGACUCAUUUGUUUAGUGAAUAGAGUAGAAAAAGGCUCUAAUUCAAUUCUGCCUGAUCUUUUCUUCAUCCAGAGACACUGAUGCGAUGCUUGAUUUAUAACUAAAAUAAAAUCCAAACCACUUCCUGAUCUUAUAAUCUGCAAACUGUUGCAACUGCCUGAAAACCACCAUGUAGUCAAAUGUAAAAUCUUAAGGUUAAAACCUGAUUCUAAUUUUUCUGGGGCAGAACUGCCCCAAAGAUCCCAAAGAAUCACAGCUGAUUAAACCAAUGCAAUAAGAGUUAUAUCAGUUAAUCAAUUCUCUAUGUGUCUCUAAGCUCUACAUACUGUAUGUUCUGAGGAAGGUGCAAUAAAAACCCAUAACAAAC